UUUCUUCUUCACCAACGCAUGGCUGGUGUAGUCACGUCUAUCUGGGCUUUUCUUCCUAAAAUUAACAUUAUUUAAGUGUGUACGCAUUUUCAGUCCACUUCCAAAUGAAAGUUAAAGUCCUUUCAAGGAACCCGGAUGAUUAUGUCCGGGAGACUAAACUAGAUAUUCAGCGAGUCCCUAGAAACUAUGACCCGUCCCUUCAUCCGUUCGAGGUGAGCAGAGAGUACACGAGGGCUCUGAAUGCCACGAAGCUGGAGCGAGUGUUUGCCAAGCCCUUCCUGGCCUCCCUGGAUGGCCACAGAGAUGGGGUGAACUGCAUGGCCAAGCAUACCAAGAGCCUUUCCACCCUGCUGUCAGGCUCCUGCGAUGGAGAGGUUAAAAUGUGGAAUCUGACCAAACACGACUGCGUCCGCACUCUUCAAGCACACGAAGGUUUUGUGCGAGGAAUUGUUGUUCGCUACUGUGGAACUUCCUUUUUUACAGUUGGCGAUGACAAAACAAUCAAACAAUGGAAAAUGGAGGCACCAGGCUACGGAGAAGCAGAGGAGCCACUCAACACAAUCCUGGGCAAGACUGUGUUUACAGGACUGGACCAUCACCAGAAGGAAGCUGUGUUUGCAACUUGUGGCCAGCAGGUGGACAUCUGGGAUGAGCAGAGGAGCAGUCCGAUCCGCUCCUUUACCUGGGGUGUAGACAGCUUCAGCUCUGUCCGCUUCAACCCUGUGGAGACUGAACUUCUUGCUAGCUGUGCCUCUGACAGGAGUAUUGUGCUCUAUGACAUGAGAGAAUCAGCUCCGCUUAAAAAGGUUAUUAUGACAAUGAGAAGCAACACAUUAUGCUGGAACCCCAUGGAAGCCUAUCACUUUACAUGUGCAAACGAGGACUACAACCUCUACACUUACGACAUGAGGAACCUGGACAGGCCCUUCAUGGUACACAUGGACCACGUCUCUGCAGUGCUGGAUGUCGACUAUUCUCCUACCGGCAAGGAGUUUGUGUCUGCUAGCUUUGACAAGACGAUCCGCAUCUUCCAAAAGGAUGGUGGACACAGCAGGGAAGUGUACCACACCAAGCGCAUGCAGCAUGUCAUCUGCGUAAAGUGGUCGGCAGACAACAAGUACAUCCUCAGCGGCUCUGAUGAAAUGAAUAUCCGGCUGUGGAAAGCCAACGCAGCUGAGAAACUUGGAGUGCUGGCCCCCAGAGAGAAGCAGGCCAUCAACUACAAUCAGAAGCUGAAGGAGAAGUUCCAGCACCAUCCACAAAUCAGACGGAUCACUCACCACCGACAUCUACCCAAGAACAUCUACCAUCAGACCAAGGAGCUACGAAUUAUGAAGGAGGCCCGCAAGAGAAAGGAGAGGAACGUUCGCAAGCAUAGCAGACCAGGAACUGUCCCUGUGGUGUCCGAGAAGGAGAAGCACGUUGUCACUGUGGUGAAAUAGACGGAGCUGGAGAGAACAGAAGACCUAAAGACUGCUGUUAAAUGAUAAGGUGGAGACUGAGUUCACACCCACAUGGGAUACAUUGAGACUGCUCUGUUUAAAGGGUUUAUAAGAUGUUUUAAUUUGCCAGUUAUGGGAACAUCAGCUGACCAGUUAUGCAUCACUUGAAGUACAAGGACAUAGACUGUAAAUACUUCCAAAAAACAAACUGACCUUCUGCCCCCUAAGCUGAAGAUGAGCUGUGCAUUUUCACAGCGCUGUUAACGCAGGAUUCUCUUUACACACAGAACUGAUGUAAACUCCCAAGUUUGGUUAAUUAGUCGUAUAUUUUGCUUUGUACAAGUUUGCAUUUUUCAUUCCAAGAACCUUGACUGCUGCGAUGAUUAAGAAAUGACAGAAUUAAAGACAGAUUAAGUUGA